AGCAUGUAAAGAUGGCGGAGCUACAAAUGCUGCUGGAGGAAGAAAUUCCUGCGGGACGGAGAGCUUUACUGGACAGUUACACUAACCUGGAGAGAGUAGCGGAGUACUGCGAGAGCAACUAUGUCCAGUCGGCAGACAAGGAACGAGCGCUGGAGGAGACGAAGAGCUACACCACCCAGUCUCUGGCCAGCGUCGCCUACCUCAUCAACACGCUCGCCAACAACGUGCUGCAGAUGCUGGACAUCCAGGCCUCGCAGCUGCGCCGCAUGGAGAGCUCCGUCAACCACAUUUCACAGACCGUCGACAUCCACAAAGAGAAGGUAGCGAGGCGGGAGAUCGGCAUCCUGACCACCAAUAAGAACACAUCCCGCUCACAUAAAAUAGUUGCUCCGGGCAAUCCAGAGAGACCGGUGCGCUACAUCAGGAAGCCCAUCGACUACAGCGUCCUGGAUGACAUUGGACACGGAGUCAAGUGGUUAUUGAGGUUCAAGGUGAACGGCCAGCAGAACAUGAAACUCGGAGGUGGUCUGUCCCGGUCCAACCCCCCCACCCAGAAACCACCAAGCCCUCCGAGGGCGGGCAAGGGCAUCUUAGGGAAGAACUCCCCCUACAGGACACUGGAGCCAGUACGCCCCCCGGUGGUGCCCAACGAUUACGUCUCCAGCCCCACCAGGAACAAUAUGGCUGUCGGACAGCUUCCCAGUCCUGCCCGCACCGCCACCCUCAACCAUCGCCCCCGAACAUACAGUGGUAGCAGUGGUGGCAGCCAUCCCAGCAGCAGCAGUCGCAGCAGCAGCAGGGAGAACAGUGGCAGCGGCAGUGUGGGCAUUCCCAUUGCCGUGCCGACGCCGUCCCCACCCUCCACCUUCCCAGUUUCCCCGACUGCUGGACCAGCUAGCUCUUCCUCCACUGCUCCCAACUCCUCCCCCUCCCCCUCCCCGACUCCUUCCUCCUUCUCCUCCUCCUCCUCCACCACAACCUUAACACAACCCAACGCAGCCUUACCACCAAACUCACCCGCACAACACGCCGACUCACCUCCUCAGACAAACACGCGAUCAAACGCACCCGCCAACACCUAUAACCCCGCCCCCGGCACGUCCGACGUAGAGCUGUCUCCUCUCCUUCCUCCUGCCCCUCCUCCUCCACUCUCCUCCUCCUCCUCCUCCUCAUCACCUGCUGAAGGUCCUAUCGUCCCUCAGUUCUUCAGUAUGAACCGGCCUCAGCCCCGCCAGCAGGCUCCUCAGGUGGGGGGGUCGCUGCCGUACCGUCGCCCCCCGUCUGUGACUGGUCAGCCAAUAGAAACACAGAACCAGGUCAACGGGGGUCCUUACUACAACCAGAGCCCAGCAUCCCCCCCGCCCCCCUCCCUCCUCCAGUUCACUCCUCAGCUUCCUCUGAUGGGUUUCGUUGCUCGAGUUCAAGAGUCCAUCUCAGACGUCCCUCCUCCACCUCACCCAGCUGCAGAGAGCCAAUCAGCACCUGAGGAGCCCCUGCCAACUCCUCAGCCACUGGAGGAUGGACAUGAAGAGGAGGAGUCAGCAGUGGUGGAGUACAGCGACCCGUACGCUGAGGAGGACCCACCGUGGGCCCCCAGAACCUACAUGGAGAAAGUGGUGGCCAUCUACGACUACACGGCCGACAAGGAGGACGAGCUGUCGUUCCAGGAAGGAGCGAUCAUCUACGUGAUCAAGAAGAACGAGGACGGGUGGUACGAAGGCGUGAUGAACGCCACCACGGGCCUCUUCCCUGGAAACUAUGUGGAGUCCAUCAUGCACUACGCCGACUGAGGACCAACACUUCUGUGUUCACGUGUGUCUGUGGACGUGUGGCGUCUCACACCAGUUCAGUGUCUCCGAUCUGAGCCAGAAGGGAAAAGAUGACUCGGCUCUGUUCCUGUUUUUCCUUUUAGUUUCUCACACUAAUCGAUCACAAACAGAUCAAAGAAUCUGAGUUUCACUAAUAUUUUAUCGUGUUUAUUGGACAGAAUCAGAGCUGGAGUUUGUUAUCGUCUCUGUGUACCCAUAAGGCCUUGCACUGAGGGCUUCAGAUUAUGUUUUAAUGAGUUCUGUUGUUGGAGAAGUGAGCAGAGCUUCAGGCGUCUUCAUGUUGUGUGUUGGUGUGAUGGAUCCCAAUGUUCCCGUUCUUUCACAGAAGGUCAGAGAAAACGUUUUUAUAUCUUGUAGUUCUUGUGAUCACAAGAAUUUUUUUUCUAGUUGUGCACUCUCCUCCCUUCACCCCGACCCUCAGCAGAGGACGAUCACAGUCCGUCCCCUGAAGUGAGCACUUGAGAUUAUUUUUAGUGUUAACAGAAGAAAUAUGUGACGCUCUGAUCCCAGAGAUUAAAAAGACAGAAUCAAAUGAAGCUAUGCAAAAGACACUUUUACACUAAAAACCAAAUUCAGAGAUUUUCUUUCUUUCUUUGUUUCCUCUGAAGCACUUUUACACUACGACUCAUUGUGUCUGCAAAAACUGAUAAAUUAACAUUUAGCUAUAGCUCUUAUUGAGGCUCUUCUCAGUGUUUAAUCAAGAAAAAAUACGUUUUAAUUUUACAAAUACUGAAGUCUGCGUCACUGAUUAACACGUUUUGUUUCCUGUGACGGCUUCACAAUAAAAGCCAACCGCUUUUUUUGCCAGUAGAAUUUUUUUUUUAUGUGAAGCAGCAGCAGGAAACAUCAUGUUAGCAUCAGCAGCAGUUUAAUGCAGCUCUGUGUCAGCUGCAGGAGAGUGAACAGAAAACAGUGAAUCAAAUUUAGCACCAGAGACUUAUCUUUGUAAAUAAUUCCAGUCCUCCAAAUCCCUCGAAAACAGAAGUCCAGACUCGUAUUUAUCCAUCGUCUCAGAGCAGGAGUUUUUUGAUCCAAUUUUUAGGACAAGCACUGAAAGCAUUUUAUCUUUUUAAGUUUCCCUAAAAAAAACAAAAAACAGACCCUCUUAUUUUUUAAUACUGCAGCUGAUCUUCCUCUCUUUAUCUCAUCAUCCUCCUCGUUCUCCUCAUCCUCACCUGCUGUCGUGUUAAUUAUGUAAAAGAUCAGACAAUUAAACCAACAAACCACAUCAUCGAAUCAGUGUUCAAACCAGUUUCAGUCUCUCCUGAGUGUUUUCACUGCAUCAGGAGGAUUUAUUUUAUUUAGUUUAUAACCAACUCUUCGUCCCUUUGACCUUUGGCCUCAACAAAUACCCUCCUUACUUUCUCAAGAGCCUUAUCUUCAUCUUUUUAUCAUCAGUGCAAGUGUUAAAAGUAUGGAGCCCAACAUGAAAAAGGACAAAAGGAUCUUUGUCAGUUAUUAGAAAAACUUUCUUGAAAUAAUGACUGAGAGUGACACAGCUCGCUCCAAUAUGGCGGCACUGAACAGAGUGGUGUCGUCAGCAUACAGAACUAUGUUGGCAUUUUUACACACAGUGGCAACUCAUUAAAAAUGGAGUAUUACAAAGACCUUUAACGAUAAUGAAAAGCUGUCUUGAAAUAACAACUUAAUAUCUCGAAAAAUAGUAAUAAUAAUAUUUUUAGAUGCUGUACAUCAUUGAUUUUCUACCCUAAAUCGUUUUGAGAAGGUUUCUCAUCAUAGUGAGUUACAGCAUCUUUUAUUUUCAUCACAAGUCUUCAUAUUAUUUUUUUCUGUUACUGGGCUUCCAUAUAAAGAUACUGAGAACUCUGGGAAAAUAAUUAGAGAUGAAACAAAGGAGUAAGAAAGACACUAAAAUAUUUACACUAAUAAUCAAACUGCAACAGAAGACAGAAAUAUCAAACUCAGUGAAGAGGAGUGAAUGACGGACAGUUUUCAGUGACUUUUGUGCCAUAAAUAAUAAUCAUUGUCGUCUCUGAUGUGAAGUCUGUAGACUGAGCCUCUGUGUUUUAUUUUAAAGCUGAGCUGAGCUGUGGUGAAAAGCGUUUCACCACAUAGAAAGAAACUACUUUUAAUACAUCCUGUGAUCUGUGCAGAUGAAGACAGUUGUUGAAGGAUAGUUCGGGAUUUUUUUCGCCCAGCUUGGGUCUUAUUGUUUUAGUUUUUACUCUCACUUUAAAGAAUUUAACUGAAAAUGUGAUUUAAACCUGAAGUUUGGAAGAAAAGUCAAACCUGAGCAUCAAAAUGAGGUUCCCUGAAGAGUUUUUAAAGCUUUAAACUCAACACUGAAUCCCCAAUGCAAAGACAGAAAACUAAAUUCUGAUCUAAAUUAACAGGAUCAGAUCAGGACGAGGUCUUCCUCCAGUGAAGGUUUGAUCCUUUCGCACCAAACUCCAGCAGAAAACCGACAGAUUUAAGAUGAAUUCAGACAUGUGUGUUUCCCUCCCGGUGGUGUUGCAGCCUCGGCCUGUCGUCGUCGUGUUCUCAUGUGGUUCUCGUGUGGUGAAGUGGACCUGAACAAAGCGCCUGGUUGCCAGUGUUGAAGUUUACAGUGUGUUUGCCUGCAUGCCUGAUAUAAUAACUGACAUUUUUAUUCACGAUGUUUUCAUACUCUUUGUAUUUCUUCUUUUUUGAUUUAUGGUGUGUGUGUGUGUGUUUGAUCAGCUGGAGGUGGUGGUGUUUCUGUUCAGUGCUGUUUGGUUGUAAUAGCCCUUUAAAAAGACGUCCUGUGUGUUUGGACUCUCAGGUGGAGGUUGGAUGUUUCUGUGCCAUAUAAACAGAUGUGUGUGUGGGAGUGUGUGUGUACAGUGUGUGUGUGAAGCAGUAUGAACCAAACGUUCCCUCGUGGACUGAAGUGGACCUGAAACAGUGUUUUUUUUUUUUUCUUGUUGUACAGUUUGAUAUUAAAGAGGCACAAAAACCAGAGCGUGCCGACCCCUCAGAGGAAGAUUAAUCUUUUACUGCCACUAACAGAGUCGCUGUGUAGAGCUGCAAACUAACGAGGACUUUCACUGUCACUCUGUCAGUUAUUUUCUGGAUUAAUCGAUCAGUUGUUUGGUCCAUAGCAGGUAGAGACACACAUCUAGUGAUGCACUUGGACACAUCAUCAGUGACAGUACCAGGGGUCAUCGGUGGUUUUGGGUCUUUCAACGUCAGACCCCCUCACCCUGACGAGCCAACCAGGUGUGAUCAGUGUAGGAGAGAUGUCAGCGUCUCAUAAUCCGCCCAUGGUUGGCGCGCUCUGGUUUUUGUUCUGCCUGCAGUUUUCCUUUAACACAGAGUGAAUUAAGAAAUGAGACGAUCCAUGAAAUGUGACAGGCAACUUCUCUGAGGCUGAUUUUACCAGAAACUCAUCGGUGUCCCUGCAGACGUUUCACCUACGAUUUCAGACUCAGGUCUAAAUACACAAAUUCAUCUAAAAAAAAUCGACUAUGAGAUCAUUUAUCUUCUGUCUCUUAUCAGUGAAGAGCAACUCACAGUCAUAACUAAACAGGAAACACGAGAUCUUUGUGGGAAAACUUGUGUCUGAGGUCUUUGAACGUCACUGAGAAACAAGUUUUAUCAGAAAGAAUCAGAUCUUUAAUUUGCACCUUUUUAUUGAAGUGAAUUCAACAGUCAGAGAUUAAAUCUUUUACCUGGAUUAUAUUUGUACACUUAAACCUGAGAGUCGAUCGAUGAGCUGCAGUUUGAUCCUGCAGUGACUUGUUAAACCCUUCUGUCAGUCUGCAGUGUGUUUCUGGUAAAACCUGAUGUCUGGAGAAGUUCUCUGCUUUCCGAACCGAAGCUCGACUGAAAGCACAUCGCUCUUUUGUAAGAAAGAAAAAAGUGGAAUUACUAAAUAAAUGUUUUAACAGCUUGUCUGUGUUACUGUCUC